AUGGCGCACCCAUCAGCGGUCCUGGACCAAAUAUUGGACGAGUCCGGUGGUGGCGAUCUGUAUCGUGGUCCUGUUCCAGAUGCCAGCCUUGCGAUUCUCGCACUUCGAAUGGCUUCCAUCCAUCUAACCAGAGUACUCAUCUCAAAGUUUGUCAACGACCCAGCCCAGACAAAAAUAGAUCACAGCAUGUCCGACUUCAGGGCAACCGUUGAGCCGACGCCCAACGGCUUUGCCGUGUGCGGGUACGAGAAGAUUGAAUACGACUUUGAGUUUCUCGACGGCGUCUUCCACGUCGCCAACCGACAGCUGGCAGACUGCUACGUCCCGUGGAGACGCUGCCUGGCCAUCAUGGACCUCAACAUCUCCAACCUGUACGGGGAGCAGAUCCGGCAGUACUUUGACCACUACGGGAUCGAGCUCCAGGUGCACAAGACCAUGAUUGGCGAAAAGGCAAAGAGCAUGGAAACGAUGCUCAGCAUCGUCGACUCCAUGACCGCGUUUGGCGUGUACCGCAAAGAGCCUGUUCUGGUGGUCGGCGGCGGGCUCGUCACCGAUGUUGCCGGCUUUGCCUGCGCCGCCUAUCGUCGAAGCACAAACUACAUUCGCGUCCCGACCACCCUCAUCGGGCUCAUCGACGCCUCCGUCUCCAUCAAGGUCGCCGUCAACUACGGCAACUACAAGAACCGCCUCGGUGCCUACCACGCCCCGGCCAAGACGUUCCUGGACUUUAGUUUCCUGAGGACCCUCCCGGAAGCGCAGAUCCGCAAUGGGUUCGCCGAGCUAAUCAAGAUAUCCUCGUGCGCGCACAAGGAAACGUUUGACCUCCUCGACCAGUUUUGCGAGGAAAUCAUCAGCACCGCGUUUGGCAGGCUCGGAUCGUCUGGUGCCACCGUCAGGGACACCGCGGACAAGAUCUGCCGAGCGGGCAUCUACGAGAUGCUCAAGCUGGAGACGCCCAACUUGCACGAACUCAUGCUCGACAGAGUGAUUGCCUAUGGCCACACAUGGUCACCCAUCCACGAGCUCGUGCCAGACCCUCCUCUCCGCCACGGCCAUGCCAUCUCCGUCGACAUGGCCUUUUCCGCCACGCUGAGCUUUCUCCGCGGCCAUCUCUCCCAAGCCGACCACCUGCGUCUCCUCCGUCUGUUCUCGCGCGCCGGUCUGACCAUGGACCACGCCGCCUUUGACGAGCAGCUCCUCGCGACCGCCACGGCCGCGAUCCUCAGGACGCGCAACGGACAGCUCCGCGCCGCCGUGCCCGUGAGCCCGAUGGGCGUGUGCGUGUUCCUCAACGACGUCACCCACGAGGAGAUGUGCGCCGCGCUCAGGGCCCACAGGGACCUCAUGAAGGAGUUUCCGCGUCACGGCGCCGGUCUGGACGCCUAUGUGGACGCGAGCGACACGGGGUACACGCUGGACGGAACGCCCAUUGAAGCCAUGAUGCAGGAGCUAGAGUCCAAGGACGACCAGGAAAAUGCCCUGGCAGCGCAGGAAAUGCUGCCGCGGGCUGCGGACCUUCCCGUCCAAGCGUAG